CCUUCGCCUCCUCCUCCUCCAUUUCUAUUCCUCCUUCCCUCGUCGUCGUCGUCCCAGGAUCGUCCAGCCGGUGGCGGCGGCGAGAUGAUGAUGACGCGGGCCUCGAUCGGGGCGAUGGAUGGGGCCGCGUUGGACGAGGUGGUGCGGCGCCUCGUCGAAGGAGGCCGCGGCGGCCGCCAGGUGCAGCUGUCGGAGGCGGAGAUCCGCCAGCUCUGCGUCGAGGCCAAGAGGGUCUUCCUCUCGCAGCCAAACCUCAUGCGCAUCCACGCCCCCGCCAAGAUCUGCGGUGAUAUCCAUGGUCAGUUUGUUGAUCUUCUAAGACUAUUCGAAUUGGGUGGCUAUCCUCCAACUUCGACUUAUCUUUUCCUUGGAGACUACGUGGACAGAGGCAAACAAAGCUUGGAAACUAUAUGUCUGCUUCUGGCGUAUAAAGUGAAGUACCCUGAUAAGGUUUUCCUGUUAAGGGGAAACCACGAAGAUGCAAAAAUAAACAGAGUUUAUGGUUUCUAUGAUGAAUGCAAGAGGAGAUUCAAUGUCCGGCUGUGGAAGAUAUUCUGUGAUUGCUUCAACUGCUUGCCUAUGGCAGCGCUUAUUGAUGACAAGAUAUUCUGCAUGCAUGGUGGCCUCUCACCGGAAUUGAAUAGCUUGGACCAAAUAAAUGAUAUCGAGAGGCCUAUGGAAAUUCCUGACUACGGUCUUCUGUGUGAUUUGCUCUGGUCCGAUCCUAGUUCGGACAUACCAGGAUGGGGGGAGAGUGAUAGAGGUGUUUCUUGUACUUUCGGUGCAGAUAAGGUUGUAGAGUUUUUGGAGAAGAAUGAUCUUGACCUGAUUUGUCGGGCUCAUCAGGUGGUGGAGGAUGGCUAUGAGUUCUUUGCAGAAAGGAGAUUAGUCACGAUCUUUUCAGCUCCAAACUACUGCGGGGAGUUUGAUAACGCAGGUGCUCUGUUGAGCAUAGAUGAAAGCUUAAUGUGUUCUUUCCAGAUCCUGAAGCCAAAAGAAACAGGUGCACCACAUUCAAGAAAACCAAUUGCAAAGGCACCGAGAGCGGAGGAUUCUUAACUCGUAUCCAGCCAUAUAGUCAUAAUUGUUGUCAGCUCGAAGGGGGUGAUCGCCUUAUAUCUCAGAUCCACCAGGGCAUGGCAUUAGAAGCAUUCUGCAGCCCAGUUCUCUUACACUUUCCGCUACUUGCUGACGGUACUGCGUUCUUAUGUACAGCAUUGGUCUGACUUGUGGAUGCAGCAGUUCUUCUUUUGUUAGUUUUGUAGAGUUGUUUCUUUAUCUGAUUGCUGUGAGCUGUGUUUGCCUAUGUAUAUGCGUCUGAUGAUGUAUGUUUGGUGGAAUUGUGCGCAGCUGAGCAUACAGUUAUUCUGUGUUUUCUAUGCGUCGCAUGUAAAUUUACGAUGAGAAAUUGAGGUUCAUAAGCACAUGUUAUCGCUUCA